UUCAAUUUACAAAUUUAUUGCUUUGAGCCCGGCCCGUUAAGAAUGAAUGAAAAGGAUAAAAAAGCAGAGGCAACAUACCAUUACGCUGGAGAAGCCUUAGCAGUCAAAAUCCCUAAAUUCCUCUUUGACCUUGUUCUCUCUGCAGUCGAUAAUUUCAUUUUUCGCCGAUGUCGUCGCCGGUGAAGAAAAGGGAGAAGAAGACGACGACGUCGCCGAUACUCUCACCGACGCCUCAGUCGACCCAGAUUCCAUCACUUCCCGUUGAUUUGCUAAUAAGUAUCCUCGCCCGCGUCUCGAGAUUGGACUACCCAAUUCUCUCGCUCGUCUCCAAGAGCUUUCGAUCUCUCCUUGCAUCACCGGAGCUUUACGAGACUCGGUCACUCUUAGGACGUACCGAGAGCUGUCUCUAUCUGUGCUUAGGGUUUACUUCUAACUCUAACCUUCGCUGGUUCACUCUCUGCCGAAAACCUAAUCUAAACGUAACCAACAACAUGAAGAAGAAGACGAAUAAGCCAAGUGGGCAUGUUAUGGCGGCAAUCCCAAUGCCCAAUUCUCCUCCUGUACACCGCUCUGGUCUGGUUACGGUUGGUUCUGAUAUUUACAACAUUGGCUGGUCCAUCAUCAAUGACCACUCCUCUAGCGUCUCGAUUUUGGACUGUCGGUCUCACACGUUGCGUGAAGCUCCAAACAUGCUGGUGGAGCGGUUUUUCCCUGCGGCCAAUGUCAUUGAUGGAAAGAUUUAUGUUGCAGGAGGCAGCAAAGACUCUAAUUCCUCCAAUUGGAUGGAAGUUUUCGAUGUAAAAACCCAAACUUGGGAACUUGUGUUAAACCCUAAUGCAGAUGGAUGCGAAAGUCGUAUAUGCAAGAGCGCAGUGAUUGACGAAGCUAUCUGCUUGUUUGGGUAUAAGGGUGUGGGUGUUGCUUACAACCCAGGAAUAAAUAAAUGGGAAAGGAUAGGAGCAGUGAAUUAUUUGGAUUUAGGAUGGGAAUGGUCUACUUUUUGCGUGAUAGAUAAUGUACUGUAUUGUUAUAGCAAAUCAGACGGAAUCAAAUUGUAUGACUCUAAGAUAGGACGCUGGAUGAAGUUGAAGGGUUUGGAAGGAUUGCCUAAGUUUGCUAGUAAUUCUUGGGUUAGAUUAGCGGAUUAUGGUGGAAAGAUGGCUGUUUUGUGGGGCAAUUUACCUACUACUGGCGAUAACAACAAUGUGAUUUGGUGUGCGGUAAUCACACUUGAAAAGCCUGACAAUGAAAAGAUUUGGGGCAAGGUUGAGUGGUUUGAUGCUGUGCUUACAGUCCCUGAGCCUUAUGAAUUCGUGUGUGCUCGUGCCGCUACUGUUUGAUGAAUUGACUCGGUAGUGAAUCUUGAAUGGUGCAGGUAGAAGUUUAGUUUAGUUUGGAUUGGGCUGCAAAUGUUUAAGCUAAGCUUAAAUUGUAAUGCUAGAAAUGUUUCACACUGUUUUGGUUGAACAAGUUGGGUUAUUCACAUUCGUAGGAAGAACUGUAACAAGAUGUAGUCUUGAAGAGAGUUUUUUUGCUU